AUGGCUGGUGGAGCCUUUGUUCCCCUUGAUCCAGCGUCUCCGGCUGGUCGUUUACGAGGCAUCAUCGACGAUACUCAUGCCGGCCUUGCCAUAGUCAGUCCAGCGUGUGGCAACGCACUCGAUGGCCUCGGAGUUGAAGUCUUACUCAUUGAUGAGACCACGCUUUCCGAAUUACCUGAUCCAAGCCAGACGAUAGUGUCAACAGCAAAGCCUGAAAAUUCCAGCGUGAUUCUCUUUACGUCUGGCUCUACAGGUAAAGCAAAAGGCAUGGUUAUUCAGCACAAUAACAUUUGCUCGUCUAGCAACGCAUACGGCGCUGACCUUGGUAUUGGACCGGGCACACGAGUGUUCCAGUUUUCGGCCUACACUUUCGACGUUGGAAUCCUCGACUGCCUUGUCUCGCUUAUGCGUGGCGCGUGUCUCUGUGUACCUUCUGACCAUGCCCGAGUAAACGACUUACCGGGUGCUAUACGGUCUACAAAGGCUGACUGGGUAUUCUUGACGCCUACAGUUGCUGACCUGCUCUCUCCUGCUGAGGUGCCUAGCUUGAAGAUCCUUUGCCUUGGUGGUGAAGCCAUUAGCAAGAAGUGCGCAGACCGCUGGGUCAAUCAUGUUGAACUACAUGGCCUUUACGGACCGGCUGAAGCGUCCAUCUGCGCAUGGAAUCCUACUGUCGGUAAAUCGGGACGAUCAACGAAUCUAGGUAGGCCGUUAUCCAGUGCCUUUUGGGUUGUUGAACCGAGCAACUAUAGGCAGCUUGUGCCUGUAGGAUGCGUAGGGGAAUUACUCAUUGAGGGCCCUAUGCUUGCUCGAGGCUAUCUGAAUGUUAGCGACGACGUCGCGGCCAACUGGAUGGAAGAUGUUGACUGGCUUCCUGGGGGCCAGAAGCGAGUGUAUCGCACAGGUGACCUCGUCCGACGUAUUGCUGACGGUACAUUUGAAUACCUGGGCCGCAUGGAUACACAAAUCAAG